UCACCAAGUUUCACUUUUCUUUCUCCUUUUAGCAAAACAAAACAUUUGUUGCAAUAAUAUUGAGUUGAACAAAAAAAUGAAGCCUGAAUCAAAGUUGCAUGGUUUUUAUGAUCAACAAAAGAAUAUGAUCAAUGGUCCUCGUCCUUCCCCUUUGAUGAUACGCAAGCCUAAUUCAUCACACAAACAACAAAGGGUUCCCAUAAUCAUUUACACACAAUCACCAAAAGUUAUUCAUACAAAAGCACAAGAUUUCAUGGCUCUUGUUCAAAGUCUCACAGGCAUGUCCACUACCAAUCAAGUACUUCCACGUCAGCUAGAAGUCUCUGAGAAUUUUGAGUCAUCUUUGUCUGAUGGAUCAAACAAUAAUGGUGAUGAAACUACUUCAACUAGUUCGGUUAUUAAGAGGGAAUAUAAUAUUGAUGAGAAUUGUGAUAAGGGUGGUGUAAAUAGCAAUGUUGAUUAUAAACAUAGUCCUUCUAAUAUGAUGAAGUUUGCUGAUAUGCCAUUAUUCACUCCAACUUCACAUGAUUUCUUUUGCUCUCCAUCAUCACGACCAGUGUAUAAAUUUUCUGAUUCUCCAUAUGGGAUUUUGGGAAGUUUGAUAUCUCCUUCUGGAUUGGGAUUCAUCCAAGAUCUACCUGAAUAUUAAUUCAUUCAUCAACUAAUAGGUGCAAGUUGUGUGCUAUAUUAGGCUGGUCUCUUAUUUGUUAAUUAAUUUGUUGCAUAUUUAUUUUUUUGUAAAGUUUGUUGUAUUGUGGACAUAAGAAAUUGACAUGAAUUACUAGGAGAUUUAAUUCAUUCUUUCUAGACAUAAGAAUUAGCAAAAGAUUAUUCAUUUGGCUUUAAUUUGUUACACUAA